ACAGGAUGCUCCUCCUGCUCCUCACCCUCUUCCCGCUGGCUUUAUGUCAGUCCCCACUGACUAAAGCCUGGAACGAGGCUCUUCCAGGAGUGCAACCAUUUUGGGAAAAAUACCAAACGGGACCGCAUGGUGUCGUAAUCCGGGGCUGGCAAUUUAGUAGAUGUGCUAGUGAGCAGUGGACGAAUUAUGUGGUCAACGUUUCCAACAUCGUCAUCUGGCCUGACUAUCCAAGAUUCCCUGGUCCAAUCUUCUUCAACGUUACUAUGGAUGUCUCAGAGGACUUGCCAGUGGACAAAAUCGAAAUGGAUCUUGAGGUUCGACAUGCAGUCACAAAUAAGCAGGGUUCCAAGGGAUGGCAGGUUAUCCCUUGUCAAGGAUGGAACAUCAUCGACGGCUGCGAUGGAGUUGGUUCAUGCCGCUACUGCGAUAUGUUGGAGAAGUGUAACGAAGCUGUAAAGGGAGCCCACAAAUACAUCAAGGAUUCGAAGGCGCAAGAUUUCCUUAGACAAAACAAGCUUUGCCCACCACCAAAAGGACACUGGACUAUGACCUUCUCCAAGGUCUUUUCAUCAGAGGAUCUUCCUAAGUCCUUCUUUGGACCACUGCAAUCGAAUGAGUACUGGUUGACCUUCUCAUUCACGGAUGGUAAGGACAAGAAACUCGGAUGCGCUCGACUUUGGGUAGACGUUUGCAAAUACCAUCUACAAGACAAGGCUCAAAAAUGUCUACGGGAUCCAAAUGCCUUCAAGAACUUCAUCAACGAAAUCUCGUCGCAAGCAGAACAGAUCAGAAAUAGGGGAGGCUAAAAGCUAGAUUUGUCUAUUUUCCCUAUAAUUGAAUCCCCAGAAACCGUUCUAGGCAAUUGAUUGUGCAUUAAGUUUUUGUGUUGUGUCUCUUGAAACGUGUUUCUAGGCCUCAGUAUACCGACCCGCGUCUUUCACUAUGAUUCGUCUGGACUAGAUUGUAUAAGCUUUUCACUUGUUUUGUUAAUAAAUGUGUUACUGUCUUCUCCUAUAAACC